CCAUAUUUAUGUUUUUGAGCAUCACACUUAUUUCAAACUCCGCGCGCACUGCCAUCGGUGCCCAGCCCUGAAGUCCGCCAGCCCUGCUCUUCUCGUCAAAAACAGCUGACUCUGUGUCGCUGAUACGUGCGUGGUUGAUAGAAUUACAUAAAUUUGGAGACACUGACGCGAUAUUGCCCGGCCUUCAUCACUGAUCGAACGACCUGCGAAAUAUCCUUGUAGCAACCAAACCCGUCAUCAUGUUCAGACUUGCUGCCCUUGCGCGGGAUCGUGCCUGCCUCUUCACGUGGCAACAGGCGUCGCAGAAUCUGCAACAGCCGCAGCCUCGUUUUUAUAGUGCGCCUGGACGCAAGACCGGCUUCUUUUCGCAAUUAAUCGACAAUGUGCGAAGUGAGAUGGACAAGAGCAAGGAGAUCAAGGACAACAUCCGCAAGUUUCGGGAGGAGGCACAGAAGCUGGAAGAGUCCGAUGCUCUGAAGUCGGCGCGGCAAAAGUUCAACAUUGUCGAGUCGGAGGCGCAAAAGUCGUCGAGUAAGCUGAAAGAACAGCUGGAUGCCUUCAAAGACAAGAUGGGCGACGUAAUCGACGACGCCUCCAAGUCGGACCUGGCCAAAAAGGUCUCGGAGGAACUUUCCAAGAAGGCCAAGGGCGUCAGCGAUACGAUCUCGGAUACCAGCGGCAAGCUGGGCCAGUCGGGUGCCUUCCAAGCCAUCUCCGAUACGACGCGAAUCAUCAAGAAGGAGAUGGACCUCACGAGCAUAGACAAUCGAGUGUAUCGUUCACCAGCGAAGUUGCGAAAGCGUGUUCAAGUGGAAAUGUCCGAAAGUAGUCGUACUUUUGAGCCGAAUACGGAGGCAACAGGCGUGGAACUGCACAAGGACUCAAAGUUUAGCCAGUCGUGGGAGGACUUCAAGAACAACAAUGCCUAUGUGCACAAAGUACUCGACUGGAAGAUGAAGUACGAGGAGUCUGAGAACCCCAUGAUCCGUGCUUCCCGCCUGCUGACCGAAAAAGUCUCGGACGUGAUGGGUGGUCUCUUCUCCAAAACGGAGCUGUCCGAGACGAUGACCGAGUUGGUUAAGAUCGACCCUGCCUUCGACCAGAAGCAGUUUCUGCGUGAUUGUGAAACUGAUAUCAUUCCCAACGUUCUGGAGGCGAUUGUGCGUGGCGACCUGGAAAUACUGAAGGACUGGUGCUUUGAGAGCACGUAUAACAUCAUUGCCACGCCCAUAACGCAGGCGAAAAAGUCUGGCCUUUACCUAGACUCCAAGAUCCUGGACAUUGAGGACAUUGACCUGGCCAUGGGCAAGGUCAUGGACCAGGGACCCGUGCUGAUCAUCACGUUCCAGGCGCAGCAGAUCAUGUGUGUGAGGGACCCGAAGGGCAAAGUUGUCGAGGGCGAUCCCGAGAAGGUGAUGCGAGUGGCCUACGUGUGGGUGCUCUGCCGCGACCGAGAAGAACUCAACCCCAAGGCCGCCUGGCGGCUCUUGGAGAUCUCGGCCAACGUCAGGGAACAAUUUGUUUAGGCGCACUACUCGCAAUAGACCACUUAGAAGUUUUAAGUUUCUCUUUAACCUGAUCUGAACUACACCCACGGACACUUUCCAUGAACUCGACCCAAAGGACUCCAAAAUUUGUACAGAAUUUUCGCUUUUGAUUACCUCGAAAGUUUUGUUAUCCGCUAGUCGAGUGCGUCCCGUUGGCCUGGAGCUGCUGGUCGGUUUCCUGGCCAUCUGUGAUCCAGCAGUCUGCUGGCCCAGCGGGAUGCACUCAAUGACGUUCACGUUCGGCGGUUAUCCGUCGGCUACGCCUCUCACCGGCCGCCCAUGACCGCCCCUCACCAUAUAUAUAUGUUGUAUAUUUUUGCCUACCAUGUAAGCUGUAUAUUGGUGACUGGCCGUAGACUGGCGCCGUGAUCGGUGCGUGGCGUGGCCGACGGGAUCGCCGUACCAUCGCCUGUGUCUGGAAAACGAUUUAUGCAUCAGGCAUAUAUGAUUAGUGACUGUUAAGACAAAUUGUUGAGUUUAGAGUUUGUUAGGUAUCUUAAGGGCCCUUCAGACCCCCUAUUUGUAAAUACACUGGCCAUCGCGUUGCACGUCCACGAAUGCCUCUUUAAAAAAUUAGAAAAUAAAGCAGAAAAUACGUUUAAUACAAA